AUGACGGCAAAUUAUGGAGGAACCGAAAUUUAUAAUCCUAUAGAAUGGGUCCUCAAGAUUUCAAGAAAUGAUAUGCCAACUUCUGUUUUCCUUCUUACCGAUGGUAAAGUUCUUUCAAUUGGAAUCGGUGAUUCAGUUUCACAUAAUUUAGUUGAAUCUGUUUCCCGUGCUGAUGUUGAAGCUUGUAAAGAAAUUAUAUUGAGUGCAAAGUCUCAUGACGGUCCAAUGAAACUCUCUAUCCCAAUAGAUCCACUUAUUCAAGAUCUUGAUGAUGGUACUUCAUUUAUUCAUAAGCACCCAAAGAAUAGUGAGAAGCCAAUACCUAUUUCAUUUAUUCGUGAGCAAACUGUGAAAUUAGGUACAAAAUAUAGUUUAGCUUCUAAAUACACAAGUUUUCUUGCAAUUGACGAAAAAGAUAAUGAAUUAGUGACUGUAACUAAGGAUUUUCCGAAUCAAAGAGUCGUUCUAAUUAGGUCAUCAGCUUAUAGCCCAAAAUCAUUAGAAAUACAUGAAAGUUUUAAUUUUCGAGGCAGGACGAAGGUUCAUGAUGAUAUUCCUCCUGUACAAGCUUUAUCUUUAACAAUAACAGAUGAACAAAAAUCAACAUUAUCAACAAAAGAUAAUGUUUCAUUUUGA